AUGAAGGCCACCGCCACCACAUUCUCCGCCAUCGUUUUUCUAUUUUCAGUGGUAACAUCAGUCAUUUCUGUCACUGCUGAUGGUGCUUACGGAGUCACUUCGGCGACCAAGCCUAGGAUCCCAUACAAGCCGUAUCAUAACGAAAUUUCCAAACCAAUCGCAAUUCAAGGACUCAUAUAUUGUAAAACCGGCUCUAAACUCAUUCCAAUCAAAGGAGCCACGGCUAGAGUAACUUGUUUGGCAAGAAACCACUUUGGCCUUGAACUAGCACCAUUCUCGGUCUCAAGUUGCCCGUCGGAUGACAAAGGUUACUUUCUAGCGAAACUAUCUCCUCAAGUGACAAAAUUUUAUAAGAAAGUUGAAUGGGAGUUGAAAGAGUGCAAGGCCUACCUAGAGAAAUCACCAUUGAAGGAAUGCAAGGUUCCAUUAGAUAUCAAUGGAGGAAUUAAAGGUGUUCAUAUUGUUUCUUCUUCCACUCAUCGACUCCUUAAAAAUGCGAAUCUGUAUUCGCUCAAACCCUUUUUCUACACUAGUGAUGAACCCUAA